AGGCGACUGGGGGAGCUUUAUCAGGAGACCCAGGAGGGAAGGCCAGGCCACCUCCUUCCUCAAUCUGCUGCACACCCUAGAGCUGGGGACUCGAGGGCCGGGGCUGCAACUGCGCAGUGAUGUCGGGGGUCUCAGCCCGGAGCCUGGCGAAGGGUAGCGCGCCCCCGGGGCCGGUCCCGGAGGGCAAGAUCCGCGUCUACAGCAUGAGGUUCUGUCCAUACGCACGGAGGACCCUGCUGGUCCUGAAGGCCAAGGGAAUCGGGCAUGAAAUCAUCAAUAUCAACCUGAAAAAUAAGCCUGACUGGUUCUUUAAGAAGAAUCCUCUUGGUCUGGUGCCAGUUCUGGAAAACAGUCAGGGUCAAUUGAUCUAUGAAUCUGUCAUCACCUGUGAGUACCUGGAUGAGGUGUAUCCCGGGAAGAAGCUGUGGCCAGAUGACCCUUAUGAGAAAGCUUGCCAAAAGAUUCUCUUGGAGUCAUUCUCUAAGAUGCUAUCUCUGAUGUUAAGCUUUCCAAGAAAGCUUAAUGACAGUAAGCAAAAUAAAGAAGAGUGUGCUGGCAUAAAAGAAGAAUUGCGGAAGGAAUUCAGCAAGUUAGAGGAGGUUCUGACCAAUAAGAAGACAACCUUCUUUGGUGGAAAUUCUGUCUCUAUGAUUGAUUACCUCAUCUGGCCCUGGUUUGAACGGCAGGAACCAGGGGAGCUAACUGAGUGUGUCUCCCACACUCCAAAACUUAAGCAAUGGAUGACAGCCAUGAGGGAAGAUCCUGCAGUGUCAGCCUUCUUCCUUGAUGCAAAAAGCUAUCAAGGUUUCUUCCGACUCUACUUGCAAAACAGCCAUGAGGCCUGUGACUAUGGACUCUGAAGGGAACAACAGUCAGCAGUGAAGCUAUGUCUGAUAUUUUACUUCACUGAUAUGACCAACAACAUGCUUUCAUUUUACCAAAUACUCUUACAUCUCAUUGGCUCAUCUCUGAUUUGCCAUCAUGGUCUAUUAACGUCUCAAGGCCCUCCUACAGCAGGAGUGCAUUCCCACCUUACCACACUCAAACAUAACUCUGGUGGUUCUACUAUAGUCUUUGCUGAAACUCCCAAACUAUCAUCUCUAGUGAAAUCUACAGUUUAACCCAGCUUUCUAACUGCUUAUCUGCAAUUUUUACUAAGAUAUUAAGCAGUCAUUUCCAGAAAUAUCCUCUCAAGUUUCUUGUCUUCUGGUUUCUAAACAGAAAAUUUCAAUUCCUUAUACUUUCCAACGCCAACUUCAUUUCACUCCCUCUCUUAUUCCUGUUAUUGUAGCAAGAAAGGGGAGGUCAGAAAAGAGAUAGGCUGUGUUCUGGCGAUGAGACAGCAGAAGGGGAUGGCAAAGCAGAGAGAUAUAACUUAAAGAAUUCAAACAUGAAGGUCACAUAGCACUGGGGAAAUGAAA